AUGGCAAAGAAAGGCAUCUCAAUAUCUUCACUACUUGGUCCGAAAGACUCAAAGGAAAGUGAUGAUGAUUUAGUUCCAAUUUCAAGUUCAGAAAUGGAAUCAUCCCCAAAAAAGAAAGUGGUAGUGCAUCCAGAGACUCAUGAAGUGAUAACCAUAGAUGAUUCAGAUGAUAGUGGACCAGAAUUGCUAACACAAGAUAAAUUCGAAGCUGACGCUUCAAAUAUUAUUGGUACACCUUCAACUUUAAAGAAAACAGACUCAGGUAAAAUUGACAUCAAAUCAAUGUUGGCGUCUAAUGAAAAUACAGAGACUGAGAAACCAGCUCCAAAGAAAAGGAAACCAAGAGCAGCAAAGAAAGAAGCAGAGCCUAAACCAGAACCAAAGAAACGAGCUCCAAGAGGCUCGAAAAAGAAGGCUGCUGAGGAAGCAGCAGCAGCUAAAGCUAAAGCAGCAGAAGAGGCUUCAAUAGAAGAGGAUAAGAAGGGUAAAGAAGAAGAAAGUAAAGAUAAACCAGCUUCUAAAAAGAAAGGGAAAGCAUCCACAAAUGCUACAACUACAGAAGAUGAUAAAGCAGCCCCACCUGGUAAUAAUUCAAAAGAGCCAUCACCAAAAGACCAACCAGUAGCAACUACAACUACAGAACCACAAAAUAAUGAGAAAGUCGUUGAAGCUCCAAAAGAUACCAAACCUACUGAAAAACCAAUACCCAUUCUUAAUGAGAUUGCAAAGAAAUCAUCAUCAUUUCCUGAAACUCCUGCAAAAGAGCAUUCAUAUGUUUCUCCAGGACCUCCAGUUUCAAGUCCCUAUGUUUUACAAUCACAGAAUGAUCCAAAGCUACCAAAACCAAAUGAUAUAAAGAGUCUGAUAAAUACCGAGAAUGAACAUCGAAUCCAAUUAUUACCAUCACCGAUACCUAAUAACAAUCCACCAACAGCUAAUAACAAUCCAUUAACUAAUACCAGUGCACCAAUAACCAGCAACAAUACCACUACAAAUACUACACCUAAACCAAAACCAAAAGCUCAAAAGAAACCAUCUAUAACUACAGAUAAUAAAGAAGUCAAACCUAAAGGGAAGCCAGGCCCAAAGAAGAAAGAUGAUAAACAAGAAACUCCAGCACCAUUAACAUUCAAUCAAAUACAAAACCAGAAUUUAUUAAAACCAGAUCCCAAAGCUAACCAAAGUUUACCUUCCCCCGAGAUUGUCGAGGUUCAAAAAUCCCCAGCACAAGAAACAACUCCACAACCUGAAGCUACCAAACCUACAGAACCGAUAAUAGCACUACACGUACCAUUAAAACCACCAAACGCUCAAAAUUCACCCGAUACUAUUGAACAAGUUGGUGCCACACAAGUUGUAUUCAAUGUUUUGAAAAUGGCUGAAGAUAAAUAUGGGUGGAAAAACUUGCAUCCAGAAGCUUCAAAAUAUGCAUUAGAAUUAAUGAAUGACGAGGAUAUUGAUGAUGAUGACGAUGACGAAGAUGAUGAAAAAGAAGAGGAAGAACCAGAACCUCAACAAAGAAUAGAUGGACGUCGUUUACAAAAGGGGAAACCGAAAAUCGGUCAAUAUGAUAAAGAAGAUCCAUUUAUUGAUGAUAGUGAAAUGAUUUGGGAAGAACAAAGAGCCUCGACAAAAGAUGGAUUUUUCGUGUUUUAUGGUCCAUUAGUGGAGGAAGGUAAAAGUGCAAAGAUUGAAAGAGCUGAUGGUACUAUAAAGAGAAAUAGGAAAAGAGUUGCAGGUACUAGUAAUGUGAAUGCUGGGAAUGCAAAGAGAAGGGCAACAAAUUCUAAACAAACCACACCUAAAUUAUUAGUUCCAAUUGCUCCAGCUGCUGGAAAUGCUGUACCAGCAAAUCCUACGAAUGUUGACAUAGCACCAAAGGUUUAA